AUGCAACUGCCGCUGCGCAGUGCCUGCACAAUUCCCACGGGGACCCAGAACUGCAUCGGUCAGGAGCGCAAGAGCCACGCGCAGCCGUUUUUGGCUCAAUACCCUUUGGUUUUGAGCAGCCCGCCCGCAAGGCCUCGCCAACCAAGCCUCGCCAUGGCCCGCUCCAGCCUGCUCGCAGUCGGCCUGCUCGCAGUCGCGUGCGUCGCCCUCCUGCAGAGCCUCGCGUUCGCGGGCGCGGGCGCCCCGCAACUGCGCGCGCAGCGGCCGCUGUCGCCGGUGCUGCUCCGCGCGACGGCCACGCCUGAGACCAUGGAGAAGAUCGCGGACGUGGUCGCCGAGCAGCUCGGAGUGGACAAGGCGAAGGUGGUGGGCUCCGCGACUUUGUCGGAGUUGGGCGCGGACUCCCUGGACAUCGUCGAGACGGUUAUGGCCCUGGAGGAGAGCUUCGACAUCGAGCUCCCGGACGAAGAGACGACUCAGCUGAAGAACCUGCAGGACGUGGGCGACCUCAUCCAGAGCAAGCUCUGA